CACGAGAAUGUUCGAGAUCAUGUAAUUAAAACCUAUCAUGUAAUUAAAACCUAUCAUGUGAUUAAUACCUAUCAUGUAAUUAAUACCUAUCAUGUAAUUAAAACCUAUCAUGUAAUUAAAACCUAUCAUGUAAUUAAAACCUAUCAUGUAAUUAAAACCUAUCAUGUAAUUAAAACCUAUCAUGUAAUUAAAACCUAUCAUGUAAUUAAUACCUAUCAUGUAAUUAAAACCUAUCAUGUAAUUAAAACCUAUCAUGUAAUUAAUACCUAUCAUAUAAUUAAAACCUAUCAUGUAAUUAAAACCUAUCAUGUAAUUAAAACCUAUCGUAAUUAA